UGAGUCUGAGCCUUUCUUCACUCUCUUCUUAGUAAGUGUUGUUGUUACUUUGGAGAGUUUUGUUCAAUUGCUUUCUGCAAAUCGAAAAUGGAGUCAUCAGUAAAACCCAAUCCGUUGCUCUCCUUCUCCUCUUUCCUUCACCACCACUGUACCCGUCUCAGCUCCGACUUCUCCGCCCGAAUCGAAGACACCAAACGAUUCGCCGAAACCCUAGCUUCUCGACGUUUCUCUCUUACUCCUCCGCCACCGUUCGCCUCCGUCUCGCAAUCCAAGUCCGGAACCCCGACGAAGACGACGUUGAAUCCAUCCCUCGUCGCUAAAGCUCUCGCUGGCACGUCGGUGUUUACUGUCAGUAACACCAACAACGAAUUCGUUCUUAUCUCGGAUCCUACCGGCGACAAGUCUAUUGGUUUGCUCUGUUUUCGACAAGAGGAUGCUGAAGCUUUUCUUGCUCAGGCGCGACUUCGGAGAAGAGAAUUGAAAACCAAUGCAAAGGUUGUUCCCAUUAAUCUGGACCAGGUCUACUUGUUAAAAGUUGAAGGGAUUUCAUUUCGUUUCUUGCCAGAUCCAAUCCAAAUAAAGAAUGCUUUGGAGCUCAAAUCCUCAGGUAAUAAGAAUGGGUUUGAUGGAGUUCCUGUUUUCCAGUCUGAGCUUCUUGUUGUGAGGAAAAAGAAUAGACGUUACUGCCCUGUAUAUUUCAGUAAGGAAGAUAUAGAGAGGGAACUUUCGAAAUAUACAAGAGCAUCAAGAGGAGAUCAACAAAUUAUGGUUGGAAGUCUGGAAGAUGUGUUGAGGAAAAUGGAGAGGAGCGAGAAGAAUUCAGGGUGGGAAGAUGUGAUAUUCAUUCCACCGGGAAGAAGUUAUGCACAACACAUGCAGGAGGUGAUCAAAGAGUAGUAGUCAUAUGAUGAAAGACGGACACAAUGUGUGUGUGUAUUUUUACUUGAUAAGAAAAGGAAAAAAAACAGCUUCUUCUGAGAUUUUGCAAUAUUAUCAUUUGCCCAAAGAGCUCAAACACACACAGUUCCAACAAUCUUUUUCACUUAACA